UAUUACACACAGAUUACUAAGCAUAAAAUAAGUAAAGAGAUAGAAGAAGCUUACUCUGACAAAAAUAGACAAGAUAUAAGAUAUUUAAUUAAUAAAUAUAAUCUUAAUAAACAACCGCAGGUAAAUAUUCCUGUAUAUAUUAAAGAUAUAGUCCUAUUUAAUAAGAUAAUUCUUUUAAUUUAA